UAUAUAUGUACCCACAUGCCCAAAACUUUCGCAACACUCAACCCUAAUAAAAUUGUGUUGAUUCCAUUCAUUAUUGUUUUAUUGAUCUUCUGGGUUUUCUUUGAGAAAGUGAUUAUGUGUUUAAUGUGUUUGUUGGGAGAUGUGUCAGUAACAUCAAGUAGACGAACAGCAAUAAGAAGCCGUAUUAAAUGUUGUCUUUUGAAUCACACAAGAAGAAGAAAACAACAACACAUCAGAUGUUUUCAUCAUCAUCAUACUCAACACCAAGAUUCGGUUAAGUCCUUUACGAUGGUCUCUUCUACCUUUCUCAGAUUGAUUCUGUUACUCUGUCUCGUCUCUUCUUCAUUCUCCUUCACCGCCAAUUCUACUACCGCCGAUCAAACUCUCCGGCCGCAAGAAGAGCUGCAGAAGCUGAAAGUGAUUAGACAAGAACUCCAGAAGAUCAACAAGCCCGCCGUUAAAACCAUUCAGAGCUCAGAUGGAGAUACAAUAGAUUGUGUUUUGUCUCAUCAGCAACCUGCUUUCGAUCAUCCUCUUUUACAGGGACAGAGACCAAUGGAUCCGCCUGAGAUCCCGAAAGGAUAUAGCAAAGAUGAUGAAUCGUAUGAAGAUUCUCAGCUAUGGAGUUUAUCUGGCGAGUUUUGCCCGGAAGGUACGAUUCCGAUCAGAAGAACAACCGAACAAGACAUGUUACGAGCAAGUUCUGUCCGGAGAUUUGGUCGGAAAAUCAGGCGCGUGAGGAGAGAUUCCACCAGUAACGGACACGAACAUGCGGUAGGAUAUGUAACCGGGAAACAUUAUUACGGAGCAAAAGCGAGUAUUAACGUGUGGUCGCCACGUGUCACUAGCCAAUACGAAUUUAGUCUUUCCCAGAUUUGGGUUAUCGCCGGUUCGUUCACACAUGAUCUCAAUACCAUCGAAGCCGGUUGGCAAAUUAGUCCAGAGCUAUACGGCGACACUUACCCAAGAUUCUUUACUUAUUGGACGUCCGAUGCAUACCGAACAACUGGUUGCUACAAUUUGUUGUGUUCCGGUUUUGUUCAAACCAACCGUCGAAUUGCGAUCGGGGCUGCCAUCUCUCCUAGAUCUUCAUACAAAGGUGGACAAUUCGACAUAAGCUUAUUAAUUUGGAAGGAUCCAAAACACGGUCACUGGUGGCUACAAUUCGGGUCGGGUAUAUUAGUCGGGUAUUGGCCGGCGUUUCUAUUCACGCAUCUAAGACAACAUGGGAGCAUGGUCCAAUUCGGCGGUGAGAUUGUGAACACACGACCCGGUGGUUCACACACUUCGACACAAAUGGGAAGUGGCCAUUUCUCCGGUGAAGGUUUUGGUAAAGCAUCUUAUUUCCGGAAUCUCCAAAUGGUUGACUGGGACAAUACUCUUAUUCCCGUUUCGAAUCUAAAGAUUCUCGCUGAUCAUCCCAAUUGUUAUGAUAUAAGAGGUGGGACGAAUCGUGUUUGGGGUAACUAUUUUUAUUAUGGAGGUCCAGGAAAAAACCCUAGAUGUCGUUGAAGAAUCAAGAAAACGUUACUAUUUUUUUUUUUUACAUGUAGUGCUAAUGAAUCUUGGGAUUAAGGGAGGGAUAAAAUUAGGAAUGAUGAGCGAACAUAAUCCAUCUUAGUUGAGAAAAUGGUAAGUAUAAAGUUUGGUAGUGUUAUACUUUUAUUUCUUUGUUUUUUUUGAAGAGGAAUGUGUGAUGGCGUUACAGAUUUUAUAAUGCCUAUAUUGAUUAGUCAUUAGUGUUACCAAUGUGUGAAUCAUGUGAAUACUAUUCAUA